AUGUUUCAAUUGCAGCGUCCUUCUUGUUUGAACAAAAGUCUUGACUGCCAUUUUGGUUUUAGAAGAGGACGAAAGAAAAAUAGUGUAAUAGGAUUAAAGUCUGCCCUUCAAUGCACAAUUGAAAGGGAUUUACCACAGGUAGGCGAUCGAGCUCGCAUUGAUCAGCGCAGCGGAACGGUGGCAUACGUUGGCCCAACAAAGUUUGCACCCGGUGAAUGGAUUGGUCUCGUUCUUGAUGAGCCAGCAGGAAAAAAUGAUGGGUCCGUUCAAGGCUAUCGAUAUUUCACUGUGAGUUUCCUCUAUUUCUUCUACCUUUUUUUAGUGGUAUUUCUUCGUGCUUACAUAUUCUCUUACGGAUAUUUGCAUUCUAAAUGAAA